AAUGACGUACUGACGUUGGAGCUGAAGCUGCACAUCCCUUCUCCAUCCUGCUUAUUUUCUACCGUCUCUGCUGCGAGUCUGGGCCGUACAUGACCCAGCAUCGUUCUGCUUGGGUCUGCCUUCGGCUCUCCAUAUUCUCCGUUUUACUUCUGCGGCGUGAACUCGUACUUCCCUGACCGCAAACCUUAACGUUUUCUGCGAGUGAAACGUGUCAGACUCGCCACGUCCGUAGCUGUCCGAAUCGCUAGUUGUCUGGACUCGAGCUAAAUAAAGGAACAUGUCAAACCCCGGCGGCGGAGAGUUUGGUAACCCCCUGCGGAAAUUCAAGCUGGUCUUCCUGGGCGAGCAGAGCGUGGGGAAGACCUCGCUGAUCACCAGGUUCAUGUAUGACAGCUUUGAUAACACAUACCAGGCAACUAUCGGCAUAGACUUUCUUUCGAAAACCAUGUAUUUGGAAGACCGUACGGUGCGACUCCAGCUGUGGGACACAGCUGGGCAGGAGCGUUUCCGCAGCCUCAUCCCCAGCUACAUCCGAGACUCCACCAUCGCAGUGGUGGUUUAUGACAUCACCAACCUCAACUCCUUCCAGCAAACCUCAAAGUGGAUUGAUGACGUCAGAACAGAAAGAGGAAGUGAUGUAAUAAUAAUGCUGGUGGGAAACAAAACCGACCUGGCGGAUAAAAGACAGAUCACCACGGAAGAGGGGGAACGGAGGGCUAAAGAAUUGAAUGUCAUGUUCAUUGAGACCAGUGCAAAGACUGGCUACAAUGUGAAACAGUUGUUUCGCCGAGUAGCUGCUGCCUUGCCUGGGAUGGACAGCACUCCCGAAAAGAGCAAAGAGGAUAUGAUCGACAUCAAGCUGGAGAAAGCUCCGGAGCAGGCCGUCACCGACAGCAGCUGCUCCUGCUAAUGCACGCCUCCCGUGCCAUUACCCCCACCCCCACUCCCACCCCAUCCCCCACCCCCAGUGUCUCGAUGGCCAGUUGCACCAACCACAUCAAAAAUGCCAUUGGUUACAGAACACGUUUCCUGUUUCGGAGUGGAUGCGCUAUUAUUCUGUAUGAAAAGGGUUUUCAGGAACUGAGAAAACAAAGCAGGGGUAAGAUGAAAGAUAAACCUGGAUAAUAUCUCCUUUAUGGCGGCCGCAUGGCGUGCCAGCGGGGUUGCAGAGCGAGAGCUUUUGCCUGCCACUUUGGAGUUCUUUUCACUUUUAUUUUGAAGGAAAACAGAGUGGUCAAUCUAGCCACUGCUGUCACAAUAAGUUCAGCUGUUUUUAUGCUCUGUACACACCUACUCUCCCAGUCUCCUGGUUCUAACUCCCCUACUUUGGCUUGUUUGGUUGCGGAUGAGGAAAUCCUCUGCCGAUCGCUCUAAUGUCAAGGUUGAGAGAUUACCAGACAAAUGUUGUUUUCUUCUGUUUGCAAAAAGUGAAUAAGGUUCUUAAACCUAUUCAAACAAAUAAUCCCACUCUACCUGUAAUUAGCUCUGGACCAAACAGCCCAGAGCAGGUUGGUCAAUCAGUCACUAACGAACGAAUGAAUGAACGAAUGCCUUUGUCAUUGCACGAGGCACAAUGAGACUGGGAGUCUUUCCUUGCUGGUGCAAGAAAGAAAAAAUUAGUCAGGAAAUGUACAAAUACAGAAAAAAAGAUAAAUAGAAUCUAUGCUACGUGGGCUAUCGAUGGUUUUGUAGCUUGGAUGAUUUUAAAAUGAAUCUUGAAUUCCUUUGUUGUCAAAAUCGACUUGUUACCCAUAUCCUGAAGUACACAUGCAGAAAAUGCAGAAUGAUCAUUUAAGGUUUAAACAAACAUUGGCCGAUAUGCAUUCGCUGGUACUAAAAGGGAUGCUUUGCAUAAAGAAUAUAUUAAAAAACGAGCCGGGACAAAUUACUGUAUAAAUAUUUAUUCCCCCCCCCCCAGACAGAAAGUUCAAGCAGUAUGCAAGCGCCUUCUUGCUUUUGUACAUAAACUUGAAAUUGCCAUUACUGUAAAAUGGUUUUGCUCAGUCUGCUUGAGAUCAAUAGCCUGCGUUAACUGUAAAAGCAACGCUUGCAUCCAAAAUUUCAAAGUAUCUUAAGUGUAAAGCAAGGACAACUUUCCAGUUUUUUUUUUCUACAUUUUUUUCCUGUGGAUGAAGUGAUUAUCUGUAAUCUUCCCUGCCAUAGGAAACGUUGCAUAUGUCACACUGUAGUAGGACUGCAUGCAGCAUUUAUAUGGUUUAUAGAAGCUGAGCAUUUAUUUGUUCACUUGCAUCAUACGUCAUCAAGCCACAGAGUAGUAUGCGUGCGAGAAUCUAAGAAUCGUCUAGAGUAUAUCUAGUGUUCAGGUUGUGGAAAGGGAAAGUUUUAAAUUGUAGCUAUAGUUCAUUUACGAACUGUUAGCUUGUUCACCUUUUUUCUGGAAAAAAAAAUUGUGCAGGCACUAGUACAAAUUGCUUUCCUAAUUUGAAGUCAUUUUUAAAAUGAUAUACUUUGCCUGCGUUUUAGGCGUUAUUUUGGUGCGUGAACCUGAUUUUGUGUGUGUGUGUGUGUUUCCCCUUUUUUAAAUAACUGGUGGCACCGGAACCACUGACCCCCAGUCGCACUCUUGUUUUGUGUUACUGUGCCACAAUCGAAGCCACAUGUCCGCGAGCUGCCCAUUACCCUCUCGGCCCUCAUUUUCCUCUCUUCCUCUUGCAUCCACAUCCAGCUCACAUCCACUCAACGCCUAUCACAUUCCUGCUGCCCCUUUUUGUGUGUGUGUGAGAAAAUGUUACACAAAAAGACUGUGGGAGAAAAAUGUAGAUAAUUAAAACCUUGUAUUAAAGAAUCUUCUUUAAUUAGGUCACUUAUUUGCCACUGACUGAAUUCUGUUCUGUGCUGUUCUGGAGUAUCGGUCCAUGUGGAACAAUGCUGUCUACUAGUCUUUAGCAAAGUUUUUGUGAAUAAUGUACUAUUGCUAUCUGCUGUUAAAAUAAUUAAAACAUUGAAGUGUAUUGCACAAAAUAAAGUUAAGAUUUCACCGGA